AUGGAGGUCGUCAGGCUGUUGAUGAUCCGCCGGUCGUUUCUGCUGCUGCUGCUCCUUCCGGUCCUCGGCGCCGCGGGGACGCUCCUCCAGACCUACAUUGUGCAGCUGCACCCGCACGAGGGCGGCAGCGAGGCCGUCUCCGCCUCCGGGUCCAGGCUCGGCUGGCACCGUUCCUUCCUCGAGAGGUCCGUGGCGUGGGAGCAGGAGAAGCGGCCCUCCUCGCGCCUCCUCUACUCCUACCACACCGUCUUCGACGGCUUCGCGGCGCAGCUCGCGGACGCCGAGGCCGCGGCGCUGCGGGCGCUGCCGGGGGUCGCGUCCGUCCGCGCCGACCGCCGGGUGGAGCUGCACACCACCUACUCGUACAGGUUCCUGGGGCUCAAUUUCUGCCCCGCCGGCGCGUGGGCGCGGUCCGGGUACGGCCGUGGCACCAUCGUCGGGGUGCUCGACACCGGCGUGUGGCCGGAGAGCCCCAGCUUCGACGACCGCGGGAUGCCGCCGGUGCCCGUGCGGUGGACCGGCGUGUGCCAGGGCGGGGAGCGCUUCAACGUCUCCAACUGCAACCGCAAGCUCAUCGGCGCGCGGUUCUACUCCAAGGGCCACCGCGCCAACUACCCGACCAACCCGUCCGAGGCGGUGUCGCUGCUGGAGUACGUGUCACCGCGGGACGCGCACGGCCACGGCACGCACACGGCGUCCACGGCGGCUGGCGCGGCGGUGGCCGGUGCCAGCGUCCUUGGCGCCGGGGCCGGGGAGGCGCGCGGCGUCGCGCCCGGCGCGCACGUCGCGGCCUACAAGGUGUGCUGGUUCAACGGGUGCUACAGCUCCGACAUCCUCGCCGGGAUGGACGACGCCGUGCGCGACGGCGUCGACGUGCUCUCCCUCUCCCUCGGCGGCUUCCCCAUCCCGCUCUUCGAGGACAGCAUCGCCAUCGGCAGCUUCCGUGCCACGGCGCGUGGCGUCUCCGUCGUGUGCGCCGCCGGGAAUAACGGGCCGGCGCGGAGCUCCGUGGCCAACGAGGCGCCAUGGGUGCUGACCGUCGGCGCCGCCACACUGGACCGCCGCUUCCCGGCAUACGUCCGGCUCGGAAACGGCCGGGUCUUGUACGGCGAGUCCAUGUUCCCCGGGGAAAUCGGUUUGAAAAAAGGCGGGAAGGAGCUCGAGCUGGUGUACGCCGUCGGUGGGACCCGGGAAUCGGAGUACUGCCUCAAGGGGGCCCUGGAUAAAGCCGCCGUCGCCGGGAAGAUGGUGGUAUGCGACCGCGGCAUCACGGGCCGCGCCGACAAAGGCGAGGCAGUAAAAGAAGCCGGGGGCGCGGCCAUGAUUCUUGCAAACACCGAGGUAAACCGGCAGGAGGACUCCAUCGACGUGCACGUCCUGCCCGCAACACUCGUCGGCUACAAGGAGGCCGUCGAGCUCAAGAAGUACAUCAGCUCCGCGCGGCGGCCGGUGGCGAGGAUAGUGUUCGGCGGCACGCGGAUCGGGCGAGCGCGCGCGCCGGCGGUGGCGCUGUUCUCCGCACGCGGGCCGAGCCUGACGAACCCUUCGGUGCUAAAGCCCGACGUGAUCGCCCCCGGGGUGAACAUCAUCGCCGCCUGGCCCGGUAACCUCGGCCCGUCGGGGCUCGAGGGCGACGCCCGCCGGUCCAACUUCUCCGUGCUCUCGGGGACGUCGAUGGCGGCCCCUCACGUGAGCGGCAUCGCGGCACUCAUCCGGUCCGCGCACCCGUCCUGGAGUCCGGCGAUGGUCCGGUCCGCGAUCAUGACAUCGGCCGACAUAACGGACAGGCAGGGCAAGGCGAUCAUGGACGGCGACGGCGGCCGGGCCGACGUGUUCGCCAUGGGCGCCGGGCACGUUAACCCGGCGCGCGCCGUCGACCCGGGCCUCGUCUACGACAUCCAGCCCGGCGACUACGUGACGCACCUGUGCACGCUCGGGUACACCCACAUGGAAAUCUUCAAGAUCACCCACACCGGCGUCAACUGCAGCGCCCUGCUCCAGAAGAACAGGGGCUUCAGCCUCAACUACCCCUCGAUCGCCGUGGCGUUCAAGAACGGCGCCAAGUCGGCGGUGCUCCGGCGGACGGUGACCAACGUCGGCACGCCGAACUCGGCGUACACCGUGCAGGUCGCGGCGCCACCGGGAGUCAAGGUCAGCGUGGCGCCCACGACGCUGUCGUUCGCGGAGUUCGGCGAGCAGAGGAGCUUCCGGGUGACCGUGGAGGCGCCGUCGCCGCCGGCAGCCAAGGACUGCGCCGAGGGGUACCUGGUGUGGAAGCAGAGCGGCGGGCAAGGGAAGCACGUAGUGAGGAGCCCCAUCGCCGUGGCCUGGGUGGUGGAGUAG